AUGACAUGUUAGAUUGUGGCCAGCAAAGGUGUUCCACUUCCUUCAUCACGGUAGAACUUGCUAGCACUCUCACUCACAGAGACAGAGACUCCACUCAUGAUCAUCGCCAUGGACACUAUUUCAUGGGCUGUGCUGCUCGCAGCAAUAACCCUCAUCUUCCUCUUCUUCUUCUCAACCCAUCUCCGCCGCCGGCAACCAAACCCACCACCAGGCCCAAAACCAUGGCCAAUCAUUGGAAACCUCAACCUUAUAGGCUCUCUCCCCCACCGUUCCAUCCACUCUCUCUCCCAACAAUAUGGCCCUUUAAUCCAACUCUACUAUGGUUCAGUCCCUGUCGUUGUCGCCUCCUCUGUUCCCAUGGCCAAACAACUGCUCAAAACCCACGAUCACAGCUUCGCUUCUCGACCCAAAAUCGCCGCCGGCAAGUACACCUUUUUCAACUACUCCGCCAUGACCUGGUCUCCCUAUGGCCCUUACUGGCGCUUCCUCCGUAAGCUAUACCUGACUGAACUCUUUACCCCUAAACGUCUCGAUUUGUAUGAGCAAAUUCGAAUGGAUGAAAUGGGUUUGCUUCUAAGGAGAAUUUAUGCUUUAUCAGGGAAAGAAAUUAGAUUGAAAACCCAUCUGUGGAAUGCUAAUUUGAGCUUUGUUAGUCGGAUUGUGAUGGGAAAGAAGUUUUCAGAUGAGCCUGGUGAAGCGUUGGAGGAGCUGAAGAAGAUGUUUGAAGAAUUGUUCUUCUUAAAUGGGGUGUUGGAUAUUGGGGAUUGGCUUCCUUUGUUGGGGUUCUUGGAUUUGAAGGGAUAUGUGAAGCAGAUGAAGGAUUUGGGGAAGAGAUUUGAUGGCUUUCUGGGGAAGGCGAUCUCUGAGCACGAGAUGAGGAGAAGAGGUGUAGAGACUUUGGAAGAGAACGAUAUGGUUGAUGUGUUGCUGCGGUUGGCUGAUGAUCCUAAUUUGGAAGUGAAGCUCGAUAGUAUGGCUCUUAAAGGGAUAACGCUGGUAAGUCGAAGAACUAAUCUACUGUUUUUUUUUUUUGGCUAAUGACUGGUGUCCAGGCCGAAACUAGUUCCACAGGUUCAUAUCAACCUAUAAUUGUAUGGAUUCCAUCAUACCCAGAUUGAAUGAGAGUCACUCAACUUUCACAAAAAAUAAGGAAUAUCAUUAAACAGUAAAUACUUGUGUGUGAGCUUUACUUUUUUUUUUUUCUCAUGGUGAAUGAGCAAUUUGAAUUGAAGUCA